AUGAGCCGAUAUCCGAUGUAUGGAAUGCAUGAAGAUCCAGUAUGGUCUCGUGGUGGAUCAGUGGUGAUGGAUCCUCCGCCUCGUGGAACUUCACACGCCCCAACUCAUUAUGCUAGCAAUAGUCACACUCUGAACACGUUGCCUUACCCCACAUACCCUCAAGCUCAUACGACAGUAGUUCAUUCAUCUGUCAAACCAGCCCCAGAUGCAGAUAUUUAUAGAGUUGGUAUUUAUGGAUGGAGAAAACGUUGUUUAUACAUAUUUAUUUUAAUUCUGACUAUUGUUAUCGUGCUGAAUAUGGCUUUAACCGCCUGGAUCAUGUCCGUUCUGGAUUUCUCCACGGAUGGAAUGGGUGCGUUGAAGAUAAUAGAAGACGGGAUUCAUGUGAAAGGCCGUGCACAGUUUGACAAACCAGUUCAUUUUUCACAUCUAACAACAACAAGAGGCGAAGCAAUGACCAUUCAAAGCUUCAGAGGAGUUCACAUGCAGGCUAGGAACGCAUCCGGUCAACCUUCUUCAAGUUUCACAUUGGCUUCAGAAGGGAAAGCUCAAGUAGUUUGUGAUCGUUUUGAGAUAACAGAUAAAGAAAACAAGCUGCUCUUUUUCGCUGAUUCGGAGGAAAUCGGUGUCAAACUGCCUAAUUUGAGAAUUCUUGAUGAUGGAGGAAGUGUUUUCGAAGGAGCCAUUCAGACAGCGUAUGUAAGACCAGAACCGGACACUCCAUUAAGAUUGGAAUCUCCAACUAGAAGUAUCUCGGUUGAUGCCUCUCAGGAUAUUGAGCUUUUGACCGCUGCAGGCGAAAUAAAACUAAAUUCACUUUUAGACAUAACAAUGACUUCUAAGAAGGGUGAAAUAAGGUUAGAGUCCCAGAGUAUUUACGUAGAAGGUCUUCCAAGAAGUGUAGGAAGAGGAGCUCCACAAUUACAGUUAUGUGUCUGCCACAACGGUAGACUGUUUUUGUCUGUGCAAGGAGCAGAUUGUCGAGCAGACAGGAAUAUAUGUGAAUAA